AUGAUUCAACUGGAUUUUGCGAAAGUGAAGGCUAGUCUUAUGAAAGCGCAAGAUGCGGCGAUACAGAAUCACGGUCGGAGCGAUAAAAUUCGCCUGAACUUACAGUGUCAACAUUUAACGAAGUCGUGGCGUAAGAAUCAAAACAAAAUGCCGAACACGGCUGCAGACUCGACUCCUCCAAUAAAAUCGAAAAAACCCUCAGAUAGUGCAUUUAAACAACAACGUCUCCCAGCAUGGCAACCAAUCCUUACUGCUGGUACUGUCUUACCGACAUUCUUUGUAAUUGGAAUAGCUUUUAUACCUGUUGGAAUAGGUUUGCUAUAUUUUUCGGAUGAGGUUAAGGAACAUGUAAUAGAUUACACAAAUUGCUAUCAGUCACUGCCUGACGGAGAUAGUUGGAAGGAUACAGAUGAGACUUGCAUUAAUGUUUUGAAGAAGAACGGGUCGUGUACUUGUAAGAUUCGGUUCAAUUUGACACAGGAAUUCAAGGUAUGUUGGAAUUUUUGUUUUUAUCCAUAG